UGAAGCAUCUAGAAAGAAGUGGCGACAGAGAAGCUUUCAGGCAAAUGACUUGGCUAGCAGGCCUGUUGGGAAUGGGAAGAGGAGUGAAUGAGCACGGCUUACCCCCGUUAUGCAGGAUUGUUAGGAAAGCGGGGAACACCCCUCAGUGCCCCGGGAUGCAGCCCAAGUGCGCUGGUCACUGCGCUAAAAAAUAAAACACAAACAUUUAAAGUUCUCCAGAGCUGCUGGAGCUUCCCCACCGUGCUGGGGAGCUGUCCCGGGCUGCUGGCAGCGCUGGCGGCGGGGGAGCAGCGCUGGGUCCCGCCGCGGCAGGGCGAGGUGAGGGGCAGCCGGGCUGGGCCGAGGCUCGCUGAGCCCCGCUGUGUGGGGAGCAGAGCAGACCUGGCCGGGAGGAAGGCCUGGAGAGGAGGAGGAGGAGGAGGAGACGGAGGAGAAGGGGGUCAUAGAAGGGAGGGUUUCGCCAUACUCACCCGGGGCGGGGGUUACACACCGAGGGAUGGGAGGCUGCUCCUGCUGCGCUGCAGGAGGAAAGUUGGCCGCGCUGCCGCGCAGGGCUCCAGCUCCUGCCUCUCUCACUCCGCCUGCCUCUCUCUCUCUCUCUCUUUCUCUCUCCCUCCCUCCCUCCUCCUUUCCCUCCUCCUCCUCCCGAGCCCACAGUGCCGCCGAGGCGGUGCAGGCGGCGCAGCCCCUUCUCCUGUGGCGCUGUGCAGCCCCGGGCCCGGUCCCCGCCGCCGCCCCCGCCGCGGGCAUGCUGCCGGGCGGAGCGCCCGGGCGCUGAGCCGCCCCUCCGGCCGCGCCAGCGGGAGCUCCGCGCCGCGGGUCACCUUGCAGGGAGGAAAAUGGGAGCCACUCACCCGGCGUGAGCUCUAAGGCACAGCAAAAGCAAGGCCACCGGUCCCAUGCCUCAGACAGCUCCCAGUAUGGAUGGCUUGGUUGAGCAGAACAGCGUGCUGAUGCACAGUAAGAUCACUGAGGCUGGGAAAAGGAAUGGCUUGAUUAACACAAGGAACUUAGUGGCAGAGAGCCGAGAUGGCCUGGUCUCCGUGUACCCCACCCCUCAGUACCAGAGCCACAGGGCGGGCAGCCUGUCCUCUCCCAGACGCCCGGAGAACGGCAGGAGUGACCCCGUGCAGCAGCUCCUGGACCCCAGCAUGCUGCAGCAGACAGUGGAGUCUCACUACAGGCCCAACAUCAUCCUCUACUCCGAGAAUGUGCUGCGCUCGUGGGGCGAGGGCCUGGGCUCGGAGUGCUGCGAGACCACCUUCAUCGAGGAGCGCUCGCCCACCAAAGACAGCCUGGAGUACCCCGACAGCAAAUUCAUCGACCUCUCCGCCGACGACAUCAAGAUCCACACCCUCUCCUACGAGGUGGAGGAAGAGGAGGAUUUCCAGGAACUAGAGAGCGAUUACUCAAGUGACACCGAGAGUGAAGACAACUUCCUGAUGAUGCCACCAAGGGAUCAUCUUGGCCUCACUGUGUUCUCCAUGCUCUGCUGCUUCUGGCCACUGGGAAUUGCUGCCUUUUACCUGUCCCAUGAGACAAACAAAGCAGUAGCCAAGGGGGAUUUCCACCACGCAAGCUCCAGCUCCCGGCGAGCUCUCUUCCUGGCUGUCCUGUCCAUCACAAUCGGAACUGGCAUCUACGUCGGGGUAGCUGUGGCUCUUAUUGCCUACCUGUCAAAAAACAACCAUCUAUGAGCCUCAGGAAAGGGGGAAGAACCAGCCAAGCCGGCUCCUGCACUGCAGGAGUCCCCAGCACAUCAGACUGCGAGGUUUUCCAAAAACAGACAAACACUUUCCGGGGGCAGGUACAGGAUGAGGUGGGCUUGUGCAUUGUGGUAGGGUGGGAGGCUGGAGGGGCUGGGGGAAGUUCCACCAUUUGUGAUGCACAAGUCUUGCUUAUCUUCAUCAACCCCUGUACAAAAAAGGGAAAGAAAGAGCAAAAGAGAGACAAAGAAUGAAAAGAAGAAAAAAUAAAAGGAAGGAAGACGGGGGAAGUGUGGAGAAGGGUGUUUUGCCUUUGCCUUCUUUUCAAUAUGGUGUUUACAAGCAUCUGGCAAACUGAGCUGUUCUCUUAUUACCUUCUUGGUCACCUGAACUUUGCAGCCAGCAUGAGCUUGUGCUUAAUUUGCUUGUUAAGCACGGCACUGAGAUCUGGGAAAGCACGGACAGCGACUGGUUCUCUGAAAGAGCAAUAUAAAAACAAGAGGAAGAACAUGGCUUGUUUUGUCUUUUGAAUGCAGGACUCAUUUGCCUAAGAGUGAAUCAGACACCUCAGUGUAGAGUGGUAUUGCCUGCUCUUCUUGUUGGGGGUAGGUUUCCAUGGAAGGAGAAAAGGAAAUUAAAAACAUUUUUACUUCCUUUCCUUGUUUUUGGAUUAAGGUGUGCCCCACAGGCCCCCUCAGUGAAGACCAGCUGAGGUUACAACUGCAUGGCUCGGCUCUGCAGACAGAGUACAAUUUUGAAGUAACGUGAGACCCGUUGUAAAAUUAAUUCCUCCAUCCAGUCACAUCGUGAUAACAGCACUUUACUGUGGCAUUAUUGCUCAUCUGGGCUGCUCCACCUUGCUGUGGAGACCUGCACAGCAGUCAGUGCAAGAAACCUGGGGAAAAAUGCAAACUGAAAUACUAAUAAGUUUUUAAUUAAAAAAAAAAAAAUCAUCACGGUAAAGCAUGGGAAUUAACCAGAGAAAGGAAUGCUUCAUACAUUUCUGGGGUCCUGCUCAUACACAGACCAGUGAAUACCACUCAGAUCAGAAGCUCACAGCUCAGCUGUGCAUCAGGGACACGGCAUAGCCAUGGAGAGACAAGUCUGUUCCCCAAUAAGCAGAGCAGUGGUAAAUUGUAGGGGAAUUGAACCUUGUCUUUCCUUCACUGACUGAAAUGAUACAUUUAUUUUCUUCUUUUCUUGCUCCCCACACUCAACUGGUUUUUCAUCCUAAAGAUUUCCCUGCACUCAACUAUUUUUUUGCCUAACCAUUUCGUCCCACUCCAGGGUGUAACAGCAUAGACAUAUAUAUGUAGCUACAUAUAUAUAUACACACAGAGAGGGGAAAAUCAGUCAAAUCAGUGACCAUUUUAUUAUUUAACUGCCUCGUGUUUUACAAACAUGGUUUCUUUGAACAAGGAUGUCAUCAAAGAUGUUUUCCUCCAACUCUGUAUUGUGUGUCAUCUUUGCUCUGGGACAGAUUUUUUCUCUUGUUUUAGAUUUCCAUUAUUUUGGUUUGAAUUUGACUUCUUUUGUUUUGGGAGGGGAGAACAAACACAUGCAAUCCUAUUUUUCUGGUAGCUAUACGGUUUAUUAAAACACAUGGUAUACAGCUA